AUGGUCACUUAUCCUCGCCCUGUCCCAGUCGUCGACGCGGGCCGUGAUCCGCGAGUGCUCGAACCUUCGAGCGGCUGCAGUCUUGCGUGGAUCGAUCGCCUUGUACGCGCUGUCGGCGUUGCGGUCAGGCGAAUCCUCGUGAGCUGCCUCUAUCAUCUAUUCCACGCCUGCGCCGGCCCCAGUGUUUCCUUUGACUUGUCAACAUUUAACAUGAAGAGGAAUCUACGGGCCCAGCUGAUCACAAACUCCGUGUCCGACCCGACCAUGAAGCGGAUCCCGAAAGACGAUUCUUGCGGACCAGGUAUAACAGAAAGGAGUAGAGGCCCCAAUGGAACCCUCUCGUCUCCUUCCAGUACUCUCUUCUCCCUGACGGGUAGUUCCGUCAGCGGCUGA